AUGUUGCAAACCACUGAACCCAACACAGAGUCUGUGUUCGCCCCAUUGAGGUUCGAGUCUGGUGUGGAGCAUCGAUUCAUCAUGGACCCAGGAAGCAGCGAAUCUAUCCUGCCGAAAUCAACAUUCAUUACUAUUUGUCAUAAUGCCGUUCUAUUCCUGAAUUCAGUGCAUAUUCAAGGGGUUACCGGUCAUCAAAUGCAAAUAACUGGCGAAAUGGUGUUCUGCGUUCAAUCUGAGUCCGGUGUGUCAAUCCCGAUCCGAUUCCUGGUACCAACCCGCAAUCCGUCCAUCCUGGGCUUGCCAGCAAUGCGGCAACUACAAGGAUCAAUCACGCUACAUACCAACAACGAUAUGCCAAUCACCUCACAUCUUCAACACUUGAUUGUACAAUGUUCCGGUAACGUUGGUGACAUGAAGGUACCAUCGGUAAAGUUGGAAGUGGACGGUGAACCUAUUUUCCUAAAACGACGCAUUCUUCCAUACGGUCAACGGAAAGGUGUCCUGAAAGCGUUACAGAAAAUGGAACAGGAUAGUAUGAUAAGUAAACUUGGAUCCAGUGCCUCGGCGACCUCGAUUGUCGUGGCGAUAAAAAGUGAUAGUAGGACACCACAGAUCUGUGAAGACUAUCGAUUGACGUUAAUUCCCGAUUGA